AUGGAUGCCUGGGAAGCCUUUGAUGGCGCUUGCGCCGAGCACGUCCGGUUCUACCUUGCCCACCUGGACACACUCCAGUCCUACCUUCCAGAUAUGAAGGCGCCUGACGAUGCCACAAGGUGCUACGGGACAGGCGCGAUGCUGCUGCUCGUCGCCCUCGUUGUCGGCGUCUACCGCCCGCGACUCGUCCACGACAUGCUGGCCCUCCCGGCUACACUGUUGUGUCUCUGCUUUGCCCAUGCAUUUGAGAUGCCAGCGCAGUACGAAGUACUGUUGGCACCACUUCUUGGCGCGUUCUUGGCCGAGCACCCCCGCGUCAGCUUCUACGGCCUCAUGCUGCACGCGGACGUGGUGACAACGCUCUAUCUUUUGCCAGCGUGGACGACGCCCGCAAAGAUCGCGACUGCCGUGGCCAAAGCGUUGGUCUUCGUGGCCGAAAUGCUGGCAUCGGCCGUCAUCACCGCGGGCCUCGCCAUGAUGAGUGUGCACUUUGGCUGCGUAGGCACCGUGCCAACGCCUCUUGCUCAAGCUGUUGGAUGUGGCGUCUUUGGUCUCGUACUGCGCCGCCAGCACCAAGCGGGGCGUCUCAAACUUUCUUAUUAA